UAUAGGGAUACCAGGUUAAAAAAUAUACAUUUCACUAUAUAAGUUUAAGAUUAUCUUAAAACUUUAGAAUAAGUGAGUAUAGUAUCACUGCCAUUAAAAGUUCUUCUAAAAGCAACAAAAUAUGAACUAGUCCCUGGAGGACCGAGUGACGUCACUGCGGAGGACGGGGGUGACUGUCGUGACGUAGACAGUUCGAUACUGUGACACUGAUCUGAGUGGGAGGGGAGCGGAUGCAUUGACCAGAUGUGGAGAUCACUGGGUUUGGUUUUUGGAUAGAGGGCUGUGGAGGUGGUGGGCGCGUGCACGCGCACAUUCACACGCAUAGGGAUCUGUAGAUCAAUACAAAAGCGCAUAGAUAUGUAGUCAUACAAUCAACAUAAUAACCUGUGCUUUUUAGGAAAUUGUUGUUAUGCAUAAGCAUAGGGUGAUUAUUUUUUAGUGUGCUGCACGAUUGUGUUUGAAAAUCGUUAUGUCAGAAAUCCAGUUUACAGUGAGGAAUGAUUGUAAAAUAACAGCAGUGGGGGUGGAGAGAAAGUGGGGGAGGGAGAGAGAGAUGCACAUGCACACAGAGAGCGAUAGAGUAGGAGAGAGAGAGAGAGAGAGGUGGACAGUGUGAUGCUGUGCGUUAUCUUCAGCCUAAAUGAAUCUUGUCUUCCAACGUCUUCGUCACCCUUCCAGCGAGGAUCUGUCAUUUUACCCCACAGCAGCAGGUCGAGCCUCAAACCUCCAUCAGACUCCGAGCUGGAUCUCUCACAUAUCUGCUGCUGCUGCUCCAUCACUUCCGAACGUCCAACGCUAGAGCAGGAGAGAAAGCGAAGGUGGUAGAGGAGGAGGAGGAGGCUGUGAUUGCUGUGCCAUGUGCGGAGCGACAUGUAUGUGUGAACUGAUGCGAUGACAGCGGAGUGGGAAUGGAGCAGCAGCGGUCAUCACAUUCCUGAAGACGCACAGUGAAGGUGAUAAUAAAGAGAGAGAGAAGACCUUUAUAAACACAGCCAAGAGGAAAAGAAUCAGCAGCAAUCAAUCCCCACACAUUUGUUUUUUGACUGCCAUAAAGGAGAAAAAUAAAUAUCAGUGGUCAGGUGUCAUCGUUCAUUUCAACCACAACAAUGGGGGAGCAGCCCAUCUACAGCACGCGGGCCCAUGUCUUCCAGAUUGACCCCAACACCAAGAAGAACUGGUUGCCCACCAGCAAGCACGCUGUCACUGUUUCCUAUUUCUACGACAGCACACGCAACGUCUACCGUAUCAUCAGCCUGGAUGGCACCAAGGCAAUAAUCAACAGCACCAUCAGUCCCAACAUGACCUUUACAAAGACUUCACAAAAGUUUGGCCAGUGGGCCGACAGUCGAGCCAACACUGUCUACGGCCUGGGAUUCUCCACCGAACAUCAUCUGGCCAAGUUUGCAGAGAAGUUUGCAGAAUAUAAAGAAGCAGCGCGGCUCGCUAAAGAGAAAAGUCAAGAGAAGAUGGAGAUGGCAACGUCUCCCUCUCAGGAGUCUCCAGCAGGGGAGCUAUCGUCACCUUUGACACCAUUGACUCCACCCAUGGAAAACAUCAAUGGAACAGAUGAAAUCUGUGACAGCACUCCCAACUCUGAUGCCCGUCCAGAGCCCUCGCAGAACGCGCUGGCCUUCUCACACAGCCCCGCCAUGACAAAACACUGGGAAGCAGAGUUGGAGGCACUGAAGGGGAACAAUGCUAAGCUAACAGCAGCUCUGCUGGAGUCCACUGCUAAUGUCAAACAGUGGAAACAGCAACUGGCUGCCUACCAGGAGGAGGCCGAGAGACUACACAAACGGGUGACAGAGCUGGAGUGUCAGAGUACCCAGACUCCAGUGAUCAAAUCACAAAAAACAGAACUCAACCAAACCAUAGAGGAGCUGGAGAACACACUGAGGGAUAAAGAAGAGGAAAUGGAAAAGUUGAAAGAAGAGUUAGAAACCAUGAAUGACCUCAUGGAGCAGAAAGACACUUUAACCCAGAAACUUGAAGUGAGUGAGACUUCAAGUGAAAUUUAUCUGUGUAAUUCAUCGGGAAUAAAAAUCCACCUAAAAACUGUCAAAAAUUCUGUCCCCCCCCCCCCCCCCCCCCCCCCCCCACCGCUGGCAGGAGCAGAGCAGCGAUUAGAGGAGAACCAGGAGGAGCAGGAGAAUUUCAGGAAGAGCCUGCGAACACUGCUGGAGUUGCUGGACGGCAAGAUCUUUGAGCUGACAGAGCUCAGAGACACUCUGGCUCGUCUUAUAGAGGAGGCCAGUUAGAGACUGAGCUGCCCGAUCUCCACAGACAGAGCCAUAUAAUAAUUUAAGUACCCUCACACCUCUAUCUCAACAAAAUCAAUCCUACCCACAAUGCCUCACAUUUCUCCUUCACCCAUUCAAACUGAGACACUGCACUGCCCGAUUUUAAAUAUGCUCAAAAACGGUGCAGCUAGUUCACCAUGCAGGCGCUACCUCAUCUUGCCUUCUGAUUGGCUGGUGUAGUCGUAGACCUUGGUUGGUUCCAGCCUGCACUGGUGCACACACCCACAACACAUAGACACACUAUUAAACAUAUUCACUCAAGAGUUAACUUAAGAACUGUGCCUCAGUGUCAUCUGCUGUCUGACAGGGAGAACUACACCCAGACUGCCUCAUCACACAAGCUUGUUUUCAUCUCUUAACUGCCCUUCCAUGUAAGGAGAAUGUUGGAAAGUCACGUGAAAAUAUUUGCUGGUAAGACUUAGAGAGAACUGCGCCAAAGCUGCCAAAUUUCCCCUCUAAAAGAAUAAUAACAAUAAAAAAAAAUACUAUACUCUAUUUAGCAGAUGCUUUGAUCCAAAGUGACAUUCUGUAUAGAGACGUGCUGAAUGGAGAGAGUCCCACGUUUGAGCUCGGCUGCCAAAAGGAGAGUCACUGGAAACAGGGAAUUAUGGAAUGUGACACAGAAGGCUUCCAGAAAAUGGAGCUUAAAAGAAAAUGAAACGCGGCACCUAGAGUUUAUUCCAAACAAUCCCAGUUGAUAGAUGAGCGUGAAAUCUUCCAGAGGUGUUGUUUAUGCCACACAGAAGUUUUUAAUGCUGUAUGCUCUUGUUCAACCCGACAUGAGGAUUCCUGUAUCCAGACUGCUUCCACCGUCUCAGAAAAGUGACCUGUCUUCCUGCCAAGCUCAGUGUGGUGUGUGUCCCUGACACAAGGCCUAACCAUUUGACCUAACGUGUGCCUUCAAAGCACACAUAAGCGGACACAUCUUUGUAAAUAAGAAUAUUAUUGUGUGUCAGUGGGUGUGUGUGUGUUUUGUGCAGUGGGAGAAAAGGUUUUUUUGGACACAAAGGCCGACAUGCACGCACUGAGCAAUACCAGACAGGCUCUGUGCAACACCUCUAUGUAACUCUAUCAGGUAUUCUACUCAGUGGACUCAUGCAGAGAGGUCAAACGCAGCUUAAUCCAUCCCUGUGUUUGACCCAGAGUGUAAGACUGUCGACCGCUAACCUGUGUGGCAGCCCUGUCUCAUCGAAGAGCAUCACAAAGGGCUUUUGGAGCGCCAUCUACAUGUUUUCUUUUUCUUUUUUUCUUUUUUUGUGAAUCUCCACCUCAGUGAAAUUGUUCACUCAUCUCGGGUAAAUUCAGAGCUCUACUCAGUUUUUAUUCAUCUUUUUUAUACAUAGAUUAUAACACUGACAAUAUAAAUAUAGAACUAUAGAGGACACACUUUUUACUCAUAGUGACAAUUUAAACGACUGGAUAAUUAAUGUGAAUGCAGUAACAACCUGCCUUAUUGUUGUGUUUUAACCAGUGGAAAGGUGUAGACUAAAGGGAUGAAGUCUUUACCAAUGGAUACAUCUGAGAUAACUGUCCAAAAGACUAAUUUGUUGUUGUUGAGGUCACAGAGUAAUGACAGUUGAAAAUCACAUGAUUCUUAUAAAAAGUUGGUAGAUUUUCAAAAAUAAAUAAAUAAAAAGAUUCUCUAGUAGAGGAAGAAAAGAGAACAAAACCCAUUUGUCUAAUUGAUUCCUGCAACAGAGGCAGUUGAAGACUUACCAAACAUUCAAAGAGGUUCCUUAAUUACCAUGCUUACUGGUGACUGUUUUGGAAAUCGUAUUUGCUUAUAAAAAGAUAAUCAAUCACAGUAAUAGUCUUUGGAAAGCCGGUGUGUCCUGUUAGAGAAGAAUCCUACUACUGUGACCAGGGACUCACAAGCAGCUUUAGCCUCUCAUGCUGCAAAAAUCAGCUUCCACGUUCAGUUGCAAAUUAGGAAGAAUCUGUUUCCUAAUUACUACUUUACCCAAUUACAUGUUCAGCUUCUCCAACAGUUCCAACAUCGAGGGGCAGCAUGUGUAAAAGACAGACACCUGGUUCUGCGGAAUCAUUCAAAACUCAGAGCACCUAAUAAUCUGGAGUAGAUUAUUAGGUGGACUGGAGUAAUUUAUGGAAGUGAUCAACUACAACAGAGGUAUGUUGUUGCAUGUAGGAACAACACAUCUAAUACUAUUUGUUGUAUAUGUGAAAUAUAUGACUUAAAAGUGGUGUAUUAUAAGGUAUCAGGCCAUGUUGCGUAAUACUAGUAAUGAUAUGUUGAACAUAUUAACAAACAUUAAAGAUCCUGGUCCCCUUUUACGCUGGUUAAUGCACAGCAAUACGACUCACUGUUAGAGGAAUGUUACCAAUGUUUUUCUUCCUGGUUUAACUUUGAAAGUGAAAUGACGGAGAUGGAAAUCUGUUAAUUUAUGUCUGUUAAUAAUGCUGUUGUUCAUGAAUGCCUUUGUACAGUAGUGGAUAUGAGCUUUUCAUUCUCCUGUUUUGUAAUUUAUGGUCUUUAACUGUAGGUAUUAUUAUGAAUAUUAUUAUUAUUGUAUUUAGAGGUAUGAAAAGACUGGCAAUAUUUUUGACUAUUUAAAGUAAUUUUGAACUCAUGAAAUUAAAGAGGUACCUCAGGCUACAGAUGUUUGUAGAUUGGUGAGACGUGUGGGUUUGAAGGUAAAAGAAUUUACCAAAUGCCGAUGAAAGCUGUCUGUGUGUGGACUGAGCUAAACAGCCAACAAACACCUCUGUGAACCAAGAAAUGUUUUAUAUAUUCAAAUAUCACACAGUUCAAGGUGUAACAUUUUGUUUUCUUCUUUUGUUGAUUUAAAAAGUUUAGUCAACAGUGAAACAGACAAUCUCCAAAUCUGCUUUCACAAAGGUUUUAAUCCAAUCAAAUGCCAGGCCAGGCUGUGAAAAAUAAAUAUAUAAAGGAAGAUGUAGGAGUGGAGGUUUUCAUUUAUAUACUGCUAUUUUUAUCAACAAGCACAUUCUUUUCAGAUCGCUCAUCUGAACUCACGGAAAAUCGCAUUUUAUUUGUCUUUUUCUAUCUUACGUUAUAAUUUUCCAAGGGCACUUGAGCCACAAGUUGCACACCCCUGACCUCGACCCUUUUCAGCCCCCUUGUAUUGGCUUCCCUUUUAUGUCAAGUUUGUAAAUGAUCCAAAUGUUGUUUUCGAAAAAACAAAUACAUUUGUGGGUUUUCCAUCCAGUCUUCAAGUAUUUUUAGCCAACACUUAAAACUUCAUACAUUGCACUAUUACCUUCACUUAAACAGUGGAAAUAGUGUUGCUCUUGGUGAAUUUUAUUUGCUGCUAAAUAGAUAAAAAUGACUCUUUUCAUGUUAACCCUUGUGCGGUCCUUCAACCUGGGGGUCACCUAGACCCAAUAUGUCUUUGUGUCUGUGUGUGUGUCUG